CGGCACUAUAAAACAAGGGCGCGCCUCCACUACCAGCGAGACAGCCGCUCCCCACCACCACUCGCUCUUCGAUCACUUCUCUCGCCACAGGUCAGUGCGAGGGCGCGGCCGGGACCGAGAUGGAGCGGUACGGUUCUCUGGGCAUGCGGCUGGACGGCAUCGGCGGCGGGGGCGGCGAGCUGCCGCCCGGGUUCCGCUUCCACCCGACGGACGAGGAGCUCAUCACCUACUACCUCCUCCGCAAGGUGGUUGACUGCGGCUUCUCCGGCGCCCGCGCCAUCGCCGAGAUCGACCUCAACAAGUGCGAGCCGUGGGAGCUGCAGGACAAGGCCUGCAAGGCCACGGCGGAGAAGGAGUGGUACUUCUACAGCCUCCGCGACCGCAAGUACCCCACGGGCCUGCGCACCAACCGCGCCACCGGCGCCGGCUACUGGAAGGCCACCGGCAAGGACCGCGAGAUCCGCAGCGCCCGCAACGGCGCGCUCGUCGGCAUGAAGAAGACGCUCGUCUUCUACCGGGGCCGCGCCCCCAAGGGCCAGAAGACCCAGUGGGUCAUGCACGAGUUCCGCCUCGAGGGCGUCUACGCCUACCACUUCCUGCCCAACAACACCACAAGGGAUGAGUGGGUGAUCGCGAAGAUCUUCGUGAAGCCCGGCGCGGCGCCCCCCUCCCGCAAGGCUCGCUACGGACUCAGCAGCGCCGGCGACACGUCGUGCUUCUCCGACUCCACGUCCGUCUCCAUCGGCGGCGGGGGCGGCGCCUCCGCCUCGUCCGCGCCGCGCCAGCAGCUCCCGGAUACCAGCUCGCUGUUGGCCGCGGCUCACGCUGCCGCUGACGGCGAGAGCAGCUCCUACGGUGCCACCGGCAACAACAACAACGCGGCCGGCAACUGCCGUGAGCUCGUGCCCUGCUUCUCCACCGCCCAGAUGGAUGCCACCCUCCUCGGCAUCGGGCAGUACGAACCGGCUUCGCUCGCCGUCGAGCAGCCGUUGGCCUUCUUCCAGGGCCCCCGCCUGCACCAGGCGGCGGACAACCUCAGCCUGCCGAUGUUCCUCCCCGGCGGGCUGCAGUCCGGCGUCUCCCCGCUCGGCAUGGGCGGAGGGGCCUUCCAGCACUGGCCGUCCUCCGGAUACGAGGUGAAGCUGGAGGGCAGCCGCGCGCCGCCGCAGAUGGCCGUGGGACCUGGCCAGCUUGACGGCGCCUACGGCUGGGGCUUCUAGACCAGUAUGCAUGCAUGCCCUUAAUCGUGUGCUGAUUAUGCUCUCUCAUUCCAGCUUGCUUAUCAGUAUGCUUAGACGCAUGUGUCCUUUGCUAAGUAGCUAGCUAUAUCUCGAUCAUUAUGCUGCAGUAAGUUUCGAUUAUUAAUUCAUGCUCUCUGAUCGUCGCGUGUUACUACUGCAACAGCAGGGCACACGACUUCACGAGCAAAGUACUGGAUCACUAGCUAAAUUACCUAGCUUAGAUUAUUAGCUAGUCGUAUGUUGUUCUAUUAGUAUGUAUUGUUAGUCGUAUGUUGUAUCAGACUAUCAGUAACUCGAUCGAGAUGUGUACCGAUUCUACUGUAUCAGACUACUAAUUAGUUGAAAUCAAUGUAUGUGUAUCUAAAUUGUCAUGUGGGAA